GACCUUACCCCACUCCAGAAUGCGACCUCUACAACGACGCCUUGCAGAUUGGAGUCGAAUUUCCGCUCCAGCCAUGUGACGCCAAUAGAACCUAAUAUUCCUCCAUUCAAUGACUGUGUCGUUCGCCUUGACGACGACCAGGAGAGGCGAGCAUCGCAACCGGAGAAAUCCGCAGAUGUGCAUUCCACGUCUUCCAAUGAUUACAGCGGUCAACCCCUUCCCACUGUCGUCACCGAUGAACAGUCAGGCGAACUUUCUUCUGAGGUGUUAGAUUCCGCACUUUCUUCCAACAACCUGCCGCAGGAUGACGUUCCUUCAGUCCAGAAUGGGACCUCUACGAUGACGCCUUGUAUGUUGGAGUCCACUUUCCUGUCCAACCCGGUGACACCAAUGGAUGAUGUUGCCUUACCUCUUGAAGACACUAACGAGGGUAGCGCGAUAACGCAACCGGAGCAACCUACCGUUGUCCAUCUCGCGUCAUCCAAUGGUGGCCGCGGUCAGUCCCUUCCUGCUGGCGUCAGCGAUCAACAGUCCAGAAAGCGUGCUUUUGUCAAGCUUGAUUCUGCACCUGAUGAUUGCGGGGAGGAAUUAACGGAACUACCGAAGGAAGGCGAGAAAUCUCUAAGCACUGCUGUUUUCCUCACCUGA